CCCAUCUUCAGUGCAGGGACGUGUUCCACGUUUUCCAUUUUGGAAAGGCGGUUAUGCACAUCAAGCUACAGAAGGGAAGGUGCUUCAGCUUCACAAGAGGGAGAUAACACCACAGUAUAAAUAUUAUUAGAAACAACAACCGUAAUAGUAAUAAUGUCAACCAGGUAUCACAAAGCUGCCAUUGAUGGCUACCUGGAACUGUUAAAAGACGGUACCAGGAAAGACCUGAAUACCCCAGAUGAAGACGGCAUGACCCCCACUCUCUGGGCGGCUUAUCACGGGCACGCAGAGGCGCUUCAGCUCAUCUGCAGCAGAGGUGGGGACCCUGACAGAAGUGACAUUUGGGGGAACUCUCCUUUGCACCAUGCUGCAGCUAAUGGGCACAUGCACAUCAUCACUUUCCUGGUGAACUUCGGCGCCAACAUCUUCUCCCUGGACAAUGACUUUCACACCCCGAUGGACGUGGCCGCAUCCAAGGACCGCAUGGAGUGUGUUCGUUUUCUAGAUGCCGCAGCAACCAAGCAGACUGCCCACAACCCCAAGAAGGUGGCCAAGCAGAAGGAACAGGCCAGCAAGGAGGCAACGAAGAAGGUCAAGAUCUGUGAGAAGGUCCAGCAGAAGCACGAGAGCAAAAUGAACAAGAUCUACCAUCGGGAACAUCAAUUGUCCCACUCUGGGUCCGUGAGGUCUUCCAUUGAGACAGGGACGAUAAACAGCAUGGACGAGCAGUUCUCCAAACUCAUCGCCGCCGAUGCCUCUGGCACUUUGACCUCCAGGAUCAAGGGGACCCUGCAGAAGAAGCUUGGGAAGAAGGGGAAGAACACAGUGGAGCGGCAGGUGGGAGACAACGUCAUCUUCUUGAAGCAGGAGAACGGCACCCUGGGGCGGACCAACGUCAUGGAUGUCUUUAAUGAGCUUGAAGAGAAUGAAGCAGAGCAGGAAGGAGGAUUCUCUGACCAGGACGGAGAGGAUGACUCUCAGAACAGCACCACGGGGCACAAAGAUUCAAUUUUCAACCGACCUGGCUUGGGACACAUGGUGUUCAGAAGAAACUUCACCAUGGGUUUGACGGCACAGCACGAAGAGAUUUCCUACAACACUGAGAAUGAAGACAUCGGCUUUCGGAUACGGGAUGAGCUCUUUCAGUCGGAAGCCAGAGGGGAAGCCGAUGAGGGUUAUGAAGAGAAGGACACAAACCUGCCCUGGAACGAGGACGAGAUCGGACUGGAAGACGAGGAGGAGACAUCCAACCUGGCUGCCUUCCUGGCCUCGCUCAACCUGGUGGAGUUCUCCCCUAUCUUCAACCGGGAGCAACUGGACCUGGAGGCCCUCAUGCUCUGCUCCGACGAGGAUCUCAGGAGCAUCCACAUCCAGCUCGGGCCACGCAAGAAGAUCUUGGAGGCAGCCGGGCGUAGGAAGAGAGCCCUGACCCAGCCCAGCACAAUGGUGGACAGUCUGCUCUGAGGUGCGGAAAUCACAGCUAUCUCAUUGAUGGCACUCCACUCGGGGUGGUGUAGUCUAAAUCAGGGAUGGGCAACUCUGGCACUCCCAGAUCCAGUAUAUGUUCCAACUAUUUUUUAUAAUUGUUUAAUCGAACCAAUUAAACCUCCAUCCACGUCUUGAAGCAGUUAAUGAUUCCUUUAUACCUGUUAAAACUAGUCUAGCUGUGCUCUAGGCAGUGAUAAGAUAGCAAAGCUUCAAGCCUUGAAGAGGAAGAGGAGUAAAGGUGGAAGAGCAUGCUUUUUUUCAAACUCCCAAGCUUGGCCACUCAGCUUCUGUCUUACCCUAGACAGUCCUUGUUUUAGCAGUAAGACUAUGAUGACUAAAGUGACUAAAUUUGACAAUUUGUUCUUUUGUAACAUAGUAACACACCUUAAAAAAGAAUCCAGGGCGACUUAACUUUAUAUUACCCAUACUGAUAAAUAAUUUACAUUGUUAUAUUUAAAUAGGUGGUUGUUGCAAUCCAGGUGGGUUUGCUUGGUGCUGUAAAAUGCUCUUAAAAACCCAGCAGUGUCUUUUCCCAAGAUAUAUUCUGCAAGUUGUUCUAUGGCAUUUAGUUUCAAUUUCUGAAUUAGUUCCUCAGACACACAAAGCAUAGGGUUGCCAUGGCUAACGAGAAGGAUCGUCAUUCGUUUUAUGCAGACUGCACAUUAGACUUUGACCGGUUUAACUGCAGGUACUCAUUUACAGUUGAAUCACAUUAGGAUAGCAAUUAACUGUAUACUCCCAUCUCAAUCUUUCACAAAACUGUGACUAGAAAGCCACCCAUAACUUUGUUUUGUAAUGAUCUGUUUUAUAUCAAGUAUUUCUCCAACCUGUAACCUCAGUAAUGAGUCACCUAUACAAGGAAACAAUGGGCCACAUUCACCCCAAAGCAAAGUUUACAACCCUAUUUGCAAAAAAGAAAAUAUGUUGCAUACGUUACUUGACUAGCAAAAGAAAACUAAUGAUGUGUAAGGAACUUUACCUUAAAAUAUAAGGUUAUUUAUUUUGCAACAGAAUUUUUCUUUUAUAAAACAAAACAAACAAAUGCCACACUGGAGCAAAUGCUAAAUCAACCAGGCUUAAAAUACAGGUUUCCUGGUCACACACUUUUUACAUCAUUUUAAUAAAAAUAUCAAGGGGAAUUGUGUCUUUAGAAGCAUCUUUUUAAUAGUCAUCUACAGCUUCUUUAGAAGGCUUCAGAUAAAAUGCAUUUUAUUCUCUUCUGUAGAAUACUUCACAAAUAAUUUCCUCGCUAUAUGUAGUGUUCAAGUAAUUCCUGUGUAUUCACUGUUAGCAGUACUGUAAAGUCAUUUAAUUUGUUCCAAUUGUUGUGUUUGGUACGUAAAUGUGUAAACUUCUUUCAGUUGUGUAUUGUCCGCAGGAUUUAAAAUAAAAGAAAUUCUACAACUUC